CAGAAGGCCCCAGCCAGCAAUCAGCACUUCAGGCUUUCUCUUCCCACGGAGAGCAAGGAUGCCUGGUUUGCGUCCCACCUGGUCUGUCCCGUGGUCCUGAGGAGGACUCUGUGUGGGAAGGAAGGGGACUCGUGCCGAUGCAGCACGCACAGCAUUCCUGAAGUGACAGACCUGGAGUACGAUUACCUGAUCAGCAAGCAGCUCUCUUCCAUCGAUCAGAUCAUUAUAGUCUGUGUGUUCUCAGACAUGGAAAAGGACAAGACAAUAAAAGAAGUGGCCGAAGUGUACAGGGAACAGAACAGAACUAGAAGCAUGCCUUGCAUUCAGAGUCGUUUGGAUUCCUUUCGAUUUCUCAAAUACAACAUCAUCUCCGCAUCUAAAUUCACCGGCAGCCAUUGUCCACUUCUGGUUCAAAGGCACAACGUCAUUCCGGGAAUCUUUUUGAUGUACAUCCAGGGAAAAUUACUAUUUGCCAACUUUAUUUUCAAUGGCUAUAGCACAUCUGCUAAAGACCUUCAAAAGCAAAUGGUGAAGACAAGGAGUGAUUACCAUAUGGGGUAUUUCCUGCCCAGUGACUUCAGAAUCCGGGCUCAAUCCACUUCAUGUUUUGGAAAUGAAGACAUACUUCUCUAAAAAUGAAACCAAAACAAUAAAAAACUGCCUUGCCAAAACAAUUCUUAGCAGCAUGUGAUAUCCAAUUUAAGAGGAAGUACCGUAGAAAAUGCUAAUUUGAGCGGACUAAUUUUUUUGGUUUUAUAGGAACCAAAAAAAUUUGAGGAUAGAAAUAUAAAGAU